AUGUCGUCGCAAACCGACUUCCGCGACAGGCAGUUCCUGGCAGUGAUUGGAGACGAGGACUCUGUUACGGGGUUGCUUCUAGCUGGCAUUGGCCAUGUCACAGCGCCGCCAGACAACCAGAAAAACUUCUUGGUGGUAGACAGCAAGACGGACACAUCCGCUAUUGAAGCCGCAUUCGACAGGUUCACGACGGAGAGGAAGGACAUUGGGAUAGUCCUGAUUAACCAGCACAUUGCCGACAGGAUACGCCACCGGAUUGAUACCUACACCCAAGCAUUCCCGACCGUGCUCGAGAUCCCGAGCAAAGACCAUCCCUACGACCCGGAGAAGGACAGCGUCUUGCGGAGAGUCCGGAGGCUGUUUGGUGAAUAG